AUGUUUGGCAACGCCUCCUGUGAGGUGCACUACGAUGCCGCGACACGCACCUGGCUGGGGCCGCGGGGCAAGGAGUUCUACGGUCCCGAAAUGACGCUCGGCGAGGUGACGAUGCGUGUGCUGAAUCUGAAUGCGGACAAGGUGCUGCAGCAGUGCGAUAUUACGGGCGUGGAGCUGACGGGCGCUCAGCUAGCCCGACAGGGCCUCAUCAUUGAGCAGGCUUUCAAGCGGCUGGGUUUGCAGUGCGGCGAUGUUGUUGGCAUUUCGGCAAGUAAUACAACCUAUCUGACGGGCGUUACCAUUGCGGCCAUGCUCUGCGGCACGCCCAUCAAUCCAUUGCAUCCGGAUUUCGAUCAGGCGACCGUCAAGUACAUGUACGAUAUCACAGAACCGAAGCUGAUCUUUUGCGAUGUGGAGAACUAUGCGAUUAUCAAAGCGGUCAACGAGCAGCUGGCCAAGCCGGCUUUAAUCUACCUGGUGAACGGUCACAUUGAGGGUGUGCGCGAUGUCAGCGAACUUUUGCGUGAGGACUGCAUAGCACCAGCUGCCUAUGUGCCCUGCCCCAAGCUGAAUGGCGAUCACACCGCCUUCAUUGUGUGUUCCUCGGGCACAACGGGCAUGCCCAAGGGUGUGACCCGUUCGCAUCGCAGCCUGAUUUGCAAUUGCAAAAAUCCGAACACCUAUACCCGGGACACGAUCGUGCUGUCGUUCAGUCCGCUCUACUGGAUCUCCGGCACAUACAUGCUGCUGGCCAACCUGCUGAAUGGCUGCAAACGCAUCAUCACCCAUCGACCGUACACCGUGGACUACCUGCUGCAGGUGGUCGCCCGGCAUCAGGUGACCUUUCUGUUUCUGGCCUCGCAUCAGAUAGCGCUGCUCUCCAAAUGCCAAGACGAUGUGGCCAAGAUCAGAGCUCAGCUAGAAUCGGUGCGCGUGCUAAUUGGCGCCGGGUCAAAGGUGUGCAAGGCCGUCUCGCGGCGCAUGUACGAGCUGAUAGGAAAUAUGCGCUUCGUGGUCGGCUACGGCCUGUCCGAGGUGGGUGGCAUCAGCAAGAAUCUGGGCGGACCGCUGGGCAGCGAGGGCAAGGUUAUGCGCAAUGUGGAGCUGCGCGUCCUGGACAAGCUGCGCAUGCCGCUGGGCAUUAACGAGGUGGGCAUCAUCUAUGCGCGCCUGCGCUACAAAUGGGCGGGCUACUAUCGCAAUCCGGAGGCCACCAAACGCGCUCUCAGUCCCGACGGCCAGUGGCUACGAACGGGCGACAUUGGCUAUCUCGAUAGCGAGGGCUACCUGUACAUACAGACGCGCGACACGGACGUCUUCAAGUACAACAACUUUCAGAUCUAUCCCGAGCAGAUUGAGGAGUUCAUACUACGUCUGCCCGGCGUCAGCGAGGCCUGCGUCUUUGGCAUACCAAACGAGGUGUCCAGCAAUCUGACAGCCUGCGCUGUGGUGCGCACCUCCGAUCUGGAGGGUGAGAAACUGACAGCGGAUCAAGUGCGCAACAUCGUGGAGCGCUACUUGAGUGGCGCCUAUCAUAUACGCGGCGGCGUCUACUUCCUGAAGGCCUUGCCCAAGACCUCCAAUGACAAGCUGCAGCGGCGCAAGGUGCCCGAACUAGUUAAGAGCUUGGGCUUAGUUGCCGAAUAGAACUGUAUACCAUAUCUGUAUAUAGGUUAAGUUUUUUAUUCUUGUCGAUCAGUGUUUAAGAUCGGCAUAGAACUCUAUUGAACUGAACAGUUCAGUAGAAAUGAACAUCUGUUGACAAUAAUCUAUAUUAGGGAAUAUCUCUGAAACUUGAUCAAUUCACCUGCGCUGAUCAGUCAAAAUGAAAGAUCAUUUUAAUCUGGAGUAAAGAGCUGCCCUUCUAGAGAGCGAGAUAACACAAUAAACUUCUUAGUGUGAUCAGUAAACAUGAAGAUCACUUUAAAAGAAUAUUAAUCAACUUUAAGAUACAGAUAGUUUGAUAGUUUAAAGAUCAAGCUUAUCAAAAAGAUCAAAUGUUACGCCUACCUUUCAAUUUAAAGAUUAGUUUAUAUAAAAUGAUCCUUGAUCAAGUUCUAAAUGUAUCUAUAUCUA